CCAGGCCAGGCCGGGCCCCGCUGGAUGCCGGGCGGGAGGGCGGACUGGCAGGCGAGCAGGCAGGCAGAGAGGCAGGCUGGCUGGCUGGCUGGCUGGGCGCGCAGGAAGCGGUGCUUGCCGGCUGCGCGGCGGGGUUGCAGCAAGGCGGAGGCUUUUCCUGUAUUUUGCUGACUCAGAUCCUGGGUUUCCAAGAAGAAGAAAGGAGAAGGACAAAUGUUGGAUGAAAAUACCAUGCUGACUCUCUGGUAUUGCUGAAAUACUAACUUCUGGUUUUUGGCAGUGCGUCCUCCAUGGAGAAGCUCAAACCUACUCCAGGGCCAGUAAGAACGUCGGUAUUUCCAGAGGGUUUCUCCUUUAUUUUUUCAUACAAGUUGAUCGAUAAACUUAAGGGUAUUACGGUGGAAAACGAAAAGCAGGCGACUUUCUUGUAACAACAAGCUUUCCCUAUUGCUGCAAACAGCGCUUAUUUAACGAGAGACGCGUCAGCCAAUUGGAUGGCAGCUGCUGGCAGGAAUGGAAGGCAGCCUCAUUCGGGGAUUUAAGCUCAGUUUGGAGAUGAACAAGAAGACUGUUGAAAUGGUCUCCUUCCACGAGUGGCUGUAACAGUGGAGAGUCCUCUGGAUUUGUCUCCAAAACGAUGGCUCCUUUCAGGUGGCAAGGAAUGACCUGCAAAGAUCAGCUUUGUGAUUCGGAAUAGGACCAUAGUGCUCUAAGAAUGCCCAGGAGAGGAUUCAUAUUUCAAGCCAGAACGCGAUGGCUUUUUGUCGGCCUGGCUUUGCUGCUGAGUCUGUUACUGAUCAUGUAUCUCCUGGAGUGUGCCCCACCAACCGAAAGCAACCGAUCGCUUCCUGGCCUCGGAGGGGAUCAUUUCGGUAAGGAGCAUUACCAAGCCCUUCUUCAAGAGCAGGAAGAACAUUACCAAGACAGGGCCGCCAGCCUGAAGCGUCAGAUUGCCCAGCUGAAGCUGGAACUUCAAGAGAUGAGCGAGAAAUUGAAGCUGUUGCAGGAUAAGAAAAACCCCAAAGUCCAAAGCAUGGGCUCUCCGGGCAUCAAGGAACAAACUUCCAACGACCUCUUAGAAUACCUGCAUUCUCAAAUAGACAAGGCCGAAGUGAGCAUCGGCGCCAAGCUACCCAGUGAAUACGCCGUGAUCCCUUUUGAGAGUUUUACUCCCAUGAAGGUAUACCAGUUGGAGAUGGGACUCACCCGUCACCCGGAGGAGAAGCCCGUCCGAAAAGAUAAGCGGGAUGAGUUAGUGGAAGUGAUUGAGGCUGGCCUAGAGGUGAUCAAUAAUCCCGACGAAGAAGGUCAAGAGGAAGAAGACGGAAUCGGGGAGCGGCAGCUUUACAGCGAAAGUGAUUUUGUAGAAGGUUAUUACCGCACGGAGAGAGACAAAGGCUCCCAGUAUGAAUUAUUCUACAAGAAAGCAGAUGAAAUGGAAUACAGGCACGUUUCGCUAUUUCGUCCAUUUGGUCCUCUCAUGAAAGUGAAGACAGAGACUGUGGACAUCUCCCGGUCGAUGAUCAAUAUCAUAGUUCCUCUAGCAGGAAGGACAGAAGUUUUUGCACAAUUCAUGCAAAAUUUCAGGGAUGUUUGCAUUAAUCAGGACAAGCGGAUUCAUCUUACCGUGGUGUAUUUUGGACAGGAGGGGCUUUCUGAAGUCAAAAGCAUCUUAGAAUCCGUUGCAAGAGAGGCUGACUUCCAUAACUACACUCUGGUUUCUCUGAAUGAGGAAUUCAACCGUGGCCAAGGACUGGACGUGGGGGCCCGAGCUUGGGAAAAAGGGGAAGUCUUGAUGUUCUUCUGCGAUGUGGAUAUUUAUUUCACGGCUGAAUUCUUGAACAGCUGCCGCCUGAAUACAGAACCAGGCAAGAAGGUUUUUUAUCCGGUGGUUUUCAGCCUUUAUAAUCCUGCCAUUGUCUACGCUAAUCAAGACGGGCCACCUCCAGUGGAACAGCAAUUGGUCCACAAAAAAGAUUCCGGCUUCUGGAGAGAUUUUGGCUUUGGGAUGAUGUGUCAGUAUCGCACAGAUUUCUUGGCCAUUGGCGGCUUCGAUCUGGAAGUCAAAGGGUGGGGCGGAGAAGAUGUUCACCUCUACCGGAAGUACCUGCACAGCAACCUGAUGGUGGUAAGGACCCCGGUGCCCGGCCUCUUUCACCUUUGGCACGAGAAGCACUGUGCCGACGAAUUGACUCCUGAGCAAUACCGCAUGUGCAUCCAGUCGAAAGCCAUGAACGAGGCUUCUCACUCGCACCUUGGCAUGCUUGUUUUCCGGGAGGAGAUCGAAACCCACCUGCGUAAGCAAGCCUACAAGACUAACAGCGAAGCCAUCGGCUAGAACGAUCCUCGGGGCAACCUUCAGACUCCAUAGCUGCUAUGGACCUAG